AAUGUGUGUCAGGCCGGGCUGGGUUCCAGGCGACGGCAACGAGAGUCACAGAGUGACGGCGGUGGCCCCCAGUGUUCGUCGGUGGUUCGGUCGGGUCAGGCGGUUAGGUGGUCGCGUUGGCGUGGGUGGCGCGCGCGCGCGCAUAUAUGUUCGUCUCGUAGUGUCAUUGUGCCGAUCAACGCACUCUAGCAUUCUAAGCCCCAAAUUUUUAUUUAUCCCUAUAUCGUACUUUUUUCCCCGUACACACACAGCCUAUCAGAUCGCCUAGACCCGAAAGGGUAGCUGAUAUUUCGGCAGCUUCUUCCACCGAGGGCAAUAUGACACAAGGAACCGUCGGUUGAAUGCUGCUGGUGGUUACACGUUUACGCGCGGUCGCGUUUCACUUUCGUUGAUAUAAUAGACGGGCACCGAAAGGAGGGCAACGGAACGAACGAUCGAAAGAAUAAAAAAAAAAGGAAGAAAACUACGUGAACUGGACCAUUGAUAUGUGGACGCAAGGCGUAGGCAUUGUACCAGGAUCCGGCGCGACAAACGUCCAAUAAAAACGGGUAUCAAUGCAUGCCACAGACUCAUUCGACGUUUCACUGUCACCGUAAACAGACGCCUGAGAGAAAGAUGACUAAAGGGAGGAGAGGGUAAGGUGUAAAGUUUUCCUUUCAGCAGCCGUUCGUCGAAAGGGCACGCAGAACCUGUGCGCCUAGCCCGGAAGUUCUGUGCGACAAGUAAGUUCCGGAAGCACAACUCCGGAAAACAAGGGGAGCAACCAGAAGGUUUCUUCUUCUUCGGACGAUUAGGGGGGGGGGGAUAGGAUUGCGUAUUCCAGGAUCACGUACCCGAGACGAGAAAAACAUGUUCAAUCUUUAUCAGAACCUGAACAAACGCGAUGACGAUCACAAGGAAUCGGAUGUCACCGGGCACGAUCGGUUCUGGCAGGAACGUCCGCGUACGCGGCGAAAACGUCGCGCUGUUAACCGUCGAACCCAGAGCGCCAUCGAGCUGGACUCCGAGGCUAUGGUGUCCGCUCGUGGGACGCUACGUCGCGGAAGGAGCGCAAGCAUCGAGGACGAGGACAGCGACGAUGAGAAGGGCUAUCAGCUGACCAAUAAAAUCGACAAUCUAGCCAAAAUAUUGUUCAAUCGCGUGUCCGCCGCACGAGGUUGCAAAGAAACUGACGUCAGAAAUGGGAGGCAUAGUUACACGGCAUUGGACCACGGGCCGUCGGUCUGCGAGGACGUUGGCGAGUACAUGGAGAUGGAGAAAAGAUCACGAGACCGUGCUUUAUCAAUUUGCCAAGCUUACAUCCGAAGAACGCCGCGCUAUAGUCUGGUGAAGCAGCUGAAUAAUCUCGGCUCGAGAGUGGACAAACAUUGGUUCGCGGUGAGGGACACUUCCCUGAAGACCGAUCGGUUGAUCACGUUGGCCCCGUUGAACAGAAAUUGCCCGUUGACUGUCUCACCACUGACAAAGAAUAUUCUGAACGACCUGUUCUUGGCCUUGCAGCAUCCGUACAUAUGCCCCGUGUUCGACAUUGAUUUCCUCGAGUACGAAGACGAGAAUUACGUGAUCGUUGUUCAACCGAUCAGCCAGGGCAGCCUGAAGGACUUGAUAUACGGGAUAGAGAGAACCGGCUGGAACGAGGAUUGGGGCCAAAAGUACGGUUCACGAGGCAAAGGACUCCCGUUGCCGCAGAUACAACAAAUGGGACGCCAAGUGUUAGAGGCGUUGAUCUUUUUGAAGGAACGGGAAUUCCCGAUGGUGAUGCAUCUACACUCGGGGAACGUACUCGUGCAGAACGGUGUCGCGAGGCUCGCGGGCCUCGAGAACACCCUUCUCGGUUUCACCAGCCGUAUACAUCCUGUGAUCACAUCGCGUGUCUCGCAGACCACCUCUGUCGACAUGAUAUCGUUCGGUCAUAUGCUAUUUGAAAUGUGCGCUGGUUACGAAUUACGAUCGUUUAAACCGAAUUCCAUGCAUCUCUCGGAUCUUGAAAUGUAUCCACAAGUGAUCGAGUUAUUGAAAUUUCUGUUCGCUGAACCGUGUAAUCGGCGAAAAAACAUUGAAGAGCUUCUCGUUCACGAUCUGUUCAGAAACAUCGAUCUUCGUGAAAUGCGCAGCGCUCCAGUCACGAUAUUCCGACCAACGUUAACACCGUCGAUCGCAAACUUACUCGACGGCAUUAAACGACAAAACGUGAACAAAAGAGUCACGAGCUUGGACGACAUCGUCGAUGUCGACACUUUGUCGCUGCAUAGACCGGACACCGUUUGCGAACAUUCGUUGCUCGACGAGAUCUAUAACGAGCUAUCGAACACGGCCGUAUAAUUGUUUAAUGGACUCUGGGAACAAAGUUUCUUACGAAGACACACGACCACCGUUCACGAGUAAUAUCUUUAUUUACUCGCGUCGUUCUGUACCAAGUGCCAAAAUAUCGUUUCAGCUUCUUUCCAAUCUGGGCGUCGAUGCUAUUGUAUUUACUGAAAAAGAAAUAAAAGAAAAAAAUGUGGAGAAACUAAUA